AUGGCGUCCUCCCUAUGGCUUUCCCCCAGCUCCUUGCGCACGGCUGUGCGGUCCGGCGCUCCCAUUGCCCAAUUCUAUCGAACCGCGCCUUCGUCGGGUUCCGCAGUUGUAGCAUAUUGCCAAUGCCGCUUCUUCUCUCAGUCUCAGAUUGCCCAGCGCGGCUUGUCUGGCGUACCGCAGAAUAUUUCAGUUAAGCAGCCUGCACAACCGAGUAUGAGAACCAGAGGCAGAGAAUUGUCGAGGUCGGAAUUACCUCAAGACAUUGGGCUCUUGCCCGGAACUUUCAUUCGACCUUUGUGGAGAGACAUGCCAUCAAUCUUUCAACAACCGAAAGAACGUCUACAGCUUGAGUGGCUAUGGCUGAAGAAUGCGGUUCAGAACUUCCUUGGGCUUAUCGCUUACAGCAAAUGGAUCAACAAGGGACUACCGCUGCGCCUGAAGGAGCGGCGCCAGAUUGCUCGCGAGCUACAUCAGCAAAUGUAUAUUGCUUUUGCUGACGGAGAUAUCAAUACCCUGCGCAAGAUCUGUUGCACCGGCCUCGCAAAUAGCCUCAGCUCCCGCAUAGCCAGCCGUCCGAAGGAUGAAAAGAUCACUUGGGCCCUUGACAAAUACAACCGUACACCAGGCACGCUCUUCACGGGUCUUCGCGUCUUGGCUGAUCGCGCCACGCAAAUUCCAGACUUGCCUGACUCUGGAGUACGACAGGUUGUCGUGCGUAUCACUAGCCGUCAGUCAACGACCAAGAUCACUAUCCCCAAGCGCGGCGCUGAAAGCGCUGUUGCCGCAGAGCCUGCGCCAGCCAAGCAGCAAGACUGCACGGAAUACAUCGUUAUCCAGAAGCUUCGGUGGACUGGUGAAGAACAGGAGUGGCGUAUCUGGGGCCAUGCCACUCCCACGACUGUCGAAGAUCUCGACAGCCCCUUCUUUGCCCCGGGACUCACACUCUCCGAGCGCAUGGAUGCAAUGAAGGACAUGAUGACAGGAAAGAAAUGA